AUGACCAAAGAUAACUACUCCAUGACAACUGAAUUUAUCCUCGUGGGAUUUAUGGAUCGACCAGAGCUGAAGCCCCUUCUGUUUGUGAUGUUCUUUGUCAUUUAUGUGAUCACCAUGGUAGGGAAUCUUGGUUUGGUGGCACUGAUCUAUAUGGAGCAUUGUCUUCACACACCAAUGUACAUCUUUCUGGGCAACCUGGCUCUAAUGGAUUCCUGCUGCUCUUGUGCUAUUACCCCCAAGAUGUUACAGAACUUCUUUUCAGAAGAUGGAACGAUUUCCCUCUAUGAAUGCAUGGCACAAUUUUACUUUUUUUGUCUUGCUGAAACUGCAGACUGCUUUCUUCUGGCAGCAAUGGCCUAUGACAGGUAUGUGGCAAUAUGCAGCCCAUUGCAGUACCACACUAGGAUGUCAAAGAAACUCUGCAUUCAGAUGACUACAGGGGCCUACAUAGCUGGAAAUUUACAUAGCAUGGUUCACGUAGGGUUACUGCUUAGGUUAACUUUCUGUGGAUCUCAUCAAAUCAAUCACUUUUUUUGCGAUGUGUUUCCAUUGUACAGACUUUCUUGUGUUGAUCCCUAUAUCAAUGAACUGAUGCUACCCAUCCUGGCAGGUUCAAUUCAGAUCUUUACAAAUAUCACAGUCCUUAUCUCUUAUCUUUACAUCCUUUUCACUAUCUUCAAAAUGAAAUCCAAAGAGGGAAGAGGCAAAGCCAUAUCAACUUGUGCUUCCCAUUUUCUCUCUGUCUCAAUAUUCUAUGGUUCUCUCCUUUUUGGGUACACUCAACCAAGUUCAGUUAAAGAAGAAGAUGAAGAUAUACCAGUUGCUGUUUUUUACACACAAGUAAUUCCUUUAUUAAACCCUUUUAUUUAUAGUUUAAGAAAUAAGGAAGUAAUAAAUGCUGUGAAAAGAAUUAUAAGGCAUAAACCCCAUAACGUUCUGAAACAAAAAUAA